AUGGCAGCCCAAGACCCCCGUCUAGCAGAACUCCUCCGCUGGUCCGUCGAAAACUCCGACGUCACCCGCAACGACCCCGAAGCCGCUGCCACAGCCGACGCCCAACCCAACCGCUCGCAGCUCACGCCCGACCUGCUCGCCGCUCUCAUGGGCGGCCCCUCAGAAGCAGACCUCAUGAAGGCGUCCAUGGAAAUCAUCACCGACCCAGAAGUCACGCUGGAGAACAAGCUCAUCGCCUGGGACAAUUUCGAGCAGCUCAUCGAGUCGCUCGACAACGCAAACAACAUCUCCACCUUGGGGCUGUGGACGCCCCUUCUAGAGCAGCUGAAGCACGAGGAGGGCGAUAUGAAGAAGAUGGCGGCGUGGUGCGUCGGCACGGCGGUGCAGAACAACGCAAAGACGCAGGAGAGGCUGUUGGCCUUUGGGGAGGCGGGCGUGCCGACGCUGGUGGGGUUGGCGCUCGGCGCGGCGGGCGAGAAGGAGGAUGUGAGGAGGAAGGCGAUCUAUGCGCUGAGCUCGGCGUGUAGGAAUUAUCAGCCUGCGCUGGAUUUGUUUGUGGAGAAGUUGGCGGAGAGGGGUGUUGGUGAUGGGGCUAAAGUUGACGCGCAGGAUAUGGCGGCGAUUGAUGAGAUUGUCGGUUCUUUGAGGGAGAAGGCUAAGGGCGCUUAG